AGCAAAAUCGAUCUCAUCCUUCUUCAAUAUUGUGAUCAUGUUCAUAGUUACUGGAACUACAUCGUACUCUCUCCCAAUGGAGAUAGUGGACUCUGUAGUUAUUGUUACAGGAACUAGUUCAAUGAAGUUGUUCAUGCUAGAAUUUAUUAUCCUCAUCAUUCUUUUGAGGUGAUUUUUUGCGUAAAGGCGAACUUUAUACAAUAACUGAGGCUAUAGCAAAAUUCAGACAUUAUCUUCUGGGUCAGAAAUUCAUUAUUAGAAUCGCUGACUGAGCAAACCAUCCAAACUCCUGAACAGCAGAAAUGGCUCCAUAAGUUCUUAGGCUUUGAUUUUUCCAUUGAAUAAAAGCCUGGAAAGAACAAUGUUGCUGCAGAUGCACUACCUAGAUCUUUCUUUGCUCUGUCUGGACCGGACCUACCUCGUCUCUCAUCACGCUUAUUAAUGCUGCCAUUAAUGAGGAUCUACAUUGGUUGGGAGUCAAACAAGCUUGUAUGCAAGAUGCAGGACCUCAUCCUUUUUAUCAUGUCAAAAAUUGGUAUCUUACUUUGGAAGUCCAGAUUGGUGGUUCCUACUAAUUCUACACUGAUUCAAACUAUAUUGGAGGAAUUUCACUCCUCUAUUUUAGUUGGCCACUCAGGUAUUGCUCGGACAAAAGCAAGGGUUGCUGCACAAUUUUUCUGGUCAUCCUUGGCCAGUGAUGUUCGAAAAUUUGUGUCAAAUUGCUUGGUAUGUCAAAAGGCUAAAUCUGCCACAUCUGCUCCUGCCGGGUUACUUCAACCCUUACCUAUAUCCCCUCUCUUAUUUGGGACGAUAUAUCGAUGGAUUUUAUUACUGGCUUACCAUGUGCUAAUGGUUUCACAGUUAUAGUUGUUGUGGUGGACAGACUUUCCAAGUAUGGACAUUUCUCACCUCUAAAAAGUAGCGGAAGCUUUCAUGCAGAACAUUGUCAAACUGCACAGUUUUCCUCACAGUAUUGUGUCUGAUAGGGAUCGAGCUUUCACUAGUGCUUUUUGGCAGCACCUAUUCAAACUAAGUGGUACUGAAUUAGCUAUGAGCUCAGCAUACCACCCUAAAACUGACGGGCAGACCGAAACAGUUAAUUCGUGCCUCGAAAUGUAUCUCCGCUGUUUUACCAAUCAGUCUCCAAACUUGUGGUCGAAGCUCCUCCCUUGGGCAGAACUCGGGUAUAACACUUCUUUUCAACAUAGCAUUGGCAUGACCCCCUUCAAGGUUGUGUACGGGCGUGACCCACCACCUAUAAUUAAGUUAUGAAAAAGUAUGCGGAUGCUAAACACACUUUUGCUGAAUUUCACAUUGGUGAUAUGGUUUUGGAUUGGUGAAGUUGCAGCCCUAUAGACAAACUUCUGUCUCUCUCUCCUGUCGUUGAGCGCAUUGGGAAGCUUUUCUCAGCUACAAAUCCUUUCUUUCUCCAACAAUGUCAUCUCAGUGCACUUGAAAGCCAUAUAUCUAUUAUGUAUCAUUUUGAUGGCAUUCGAUCCAACUGAGGCUCAAACAGCCAAGUUGGUCAUCAAUGCUUCUAGGUCAUCAGGGAAGCAAAUCCCUGAUACCUUCAUGGGAGUGUUUUUCGAGGAGAUUAAUCACGCUGGUGCUGGUGGACUUUGGGCGGAGCUCGUAAACAACAGAGGUUUUGAAGCUGAGGGAGAAAAAGUUCCUUCCAGUUUGCAUCCAUGGGAAGUUAUUGGAGACAAACCGGCAAUUGUUGUAUCUAUUGACCAGACUUCCGUCUUCCAGCGUAACAGGAAUGCAUUGAGGAUGGAAGUACACUGUGACCGCUCCAGUUCAUGCCUACCUGAUGGGGUUGGCAUCUCUAAUCCUGGAUUCUGGGGCAUGAAUAUUGAGAAGGGGAAGAAAUACAAAGUGGUUUUUUAUGUUCGUUCAACAGAAGGAAUUGAUCUAAAAGUUUCAUUUGUUGGAACAAAUGGUGGAAAAUUGGCUUCAAGUGACAUCAGUGGUGUUGGUGUAAAUGCAUCAACAUGGAGAAGGGUGGAACGUGUGCUGGAGGCCACCGAAACUAACCACUACUCAAGCCUUCAAAUUACGGCAACCAGGAAAGGGACUGUGUGGUUAGACCAAGUAUCGGCUAUGCCGUUGGACACUUAUAAGGGACAUGGCUUCCGUAUGAAUCUUUUUCAAAUGGUGGCAGAGUUAAAACCAAGAAUAUUUAGAUUUCCAGGUGGUUGCUAUGUUGAAGGAAAUGUGUUAAAAAACGCGUUUCAAUGGAAACAAACAAUUGGACCUUGGGAGAACAGACCUGGUCACUAUGGCGAUGUUUGGGAUUAUUGGACGGAUGAUGGGUUUGGUUUUUUUGAGGGUCUCCAACUAGCAGAAGAUCUUAAUGCACUGCCAAUAUGGGUUUUUAAUAAUGGUAUCAGCCAUAGUGAACAAGUUAAUGUCUCUGCCAUUUCACCAUCUGUACAAGAUGCCCUUGAUGGUAUUGAGUUUGCUAUAGGAAGUCCCACUUCAAGGUGGGGUUCCAUCAGAGCUUCUAUGGGACACCCUAAACCUUUCGACCUAAGAUAUGUAGCGGUCGGAAAUGAAGACUGUGACAUUGACAAACUCAGACCUUUCUAUCUAGAAAAUUACCCGAUUUUCUAUGAUUCAAUCAAACGGGCCUACCCAAAUAUCCAAAUCAUCACAAAUUGUGAUGCAUCUAAGCACCAAUUACCUCACCCAGCCGAUCUUUAUGAUUAUCAUCAAUACCCACAAACUGCCGAAGAUAUGUUUCACAAGGCUAAAGAGUUAGAUUCUUCGCCCCGUGUUGGUCCUAAGGCUUUUGUGAGUGAGUAUGCUUUAAAUGGAGGAGAUGCUGGAAAUGGAACCCUAUUGGCAGCUGUAGCAGAAGCUGGGUUCCUUAUUGGCUUAGAGAAAAAUAGUGAUGUUGUUAGCAUGGUUAAUUAUGCGCCCCUCUUUGUGAAUGCCAAUAACAGGAGCUGGACUCCAGAUGCAAUUGUAUUUGAUUCUUACCAAGUUUAUGGAACUCCAAGCUAUUGGUUGAUUAAGCUUUUCAAGGAAUCAAGUGGAGCCACAUUUUUAAAUUCAACUCUUCAGACUAAUUCUCCUACACUUGCUGCAUCUGCAAUUUCAUGGAAAUCUCCUGUAGAUGGUAAAUCAGUUUUAAGGAUUAAGGUUGCAAACUUGGACAAGAAAGCAGUGAUUAUUGAGAUUUCUAUUGAAGGGUUGGAAUCAAGUGUGAGUUUUUCAAAGUUAACAAAAACAGUGCUAACAUCAUCCAAUCCAAUGGAUGAGAACUCUUUUUCAGAGCCAAACAAGGUGGUGCCGAAGGAAAGCCUAAUUCAGAAUGCUGGGAAGAUCAUAAAUGUCCAUAUAGAUCCAGUUUCAGUUACUUCAUUUGAUUUUAACAUGUAAUUAAUCACAGUGAAGUCAUCCUCCCAGGUGAAGUAGUCACAGUGUGUCAUUUUUUAUCUCCAACAUAGUCGGCAAAAAAUUAAUAAUAGUACAUUGUUUAAUAUACCGUUUUAAUUAAAUAUCCUCCCAUGUAAUUAGUCACAAUUUGUUGAUUAGUCCCUGUUUUUAAACGUGUGUUGGCAACA